GUUCUUGUGUAUACAGAAAAUAGAAGUCUAGAAAAGCAUAGUAUAUAGGAAACAAGUCAGUGGCGACAGUGAGAAUUCUUUCCAUGUAGGUGAAAGUAAAAUUCUUUCCACUAUUUGCCAGUUGAAUGUUUCCAAGUUCCAAUAGUUAACACCUACAAGUGCAUUCACCCUUCCCAAUGUAUAUGACAUUCCUCCUCUCGUUAAAGAUGAUUUCAUAAUUCAUCAUUAACCUUCUUCCUCACUCUCCCUCCCUCUCUAUAUACAGAUCUAUUAUUACCACCUCUCAAACCUCGACAAUCGUUCUGAAUUGUCUCCGUCUAUUUUCAUUUCAAAUUAUAUUCCUCUUUCUCCAUUAAACAAUUUUUCAACAUUAAAACAAAAAUCUAAAAAUUGUACCUUCUUUAGUAGACCAAAAAUUACAUUAUUAAUUCCAAUUAAACUAUAUUAAUCCAAGUAAUGGAUGAUAAAAAAUAAUUUUGCCACAUGAGAAAAAAAAACCUUUUUUGAAAACAAAACUAGAGUUUCUGGUUCAAAGACCCCGCCAUUUAUGAAAUAAGGAAAGACACAUCCAGCGUGGAAACCUGUUUGAUCAAUGAUAUAGGCUUCUCAAUCAAGUGUAUAUACGUAUGCAGUGAGCGACUCGUCUAAGAAUCAAACCCACACACAACUAUAUAAAAUCUCACAAGAAAAAUGUCAAGAAAAUGGGUUAAGUGUCCAGUAAGCUGGUCGUUUUUAAACGAAAAUAUCGAAGAUGUGGAACAAGUAAGUCUGAAACCGGAAAUUCAACAACUACUUGGCUGUAAAAUAAAUGAGGACGUAUUUCUUGAAUAUCCAUUUGCAUACGUUCCAGCAGAAAUAGUGAAAAGACUCUCAAAUAAAUAUCAAUCGCCAUUCGAAAAAUUCAAGGAUCAACUUGAAUUAUACAAAGAUUCAACAUUUUUAAUCGGCUACGCCUCUAAGGAAUUAUCAUCAAAUGAAUUUGUUAUUUGCCUAUCGGAAGUUGCACGUGAUAUGAUGGUUCAAAGGAAUAGAGAUAUUACCAUCAAGAUUCACGAUUACGUAAGAAUGAAAGUGGAAAAGAUCCCUCGACACUGGAGUUCAUUGGGAACUGAAGAUGACCUUGACUCUACAUUCCUUAAGAAUGCAAGACCCUAUUAUGAAGUGGAAAUUUCUUUGCCAAUUUGUCACAUAAAACAGAAUCGUCAACUUCAAGAUCGUGCCGUUGAUGAUAUACGAGAUGGAUACGUGAAAAUUGUCCCUCAGUACGAAACCUUCGAUAACGUGAAAAUGAAUCUAAUUUGCAAGGCAGUGCAGACAAAUCUGAUAAAUCGGGAGAAUUCCGUUCAAACAUAUCCUGGAUAUCCGAAAAAUAAGUGGACCCAAUAUGAAUACAAUUGUUUCCCAACUGAAGAGUCAUCAAAAAAUGAUCUGAUUACACAAAAGGAGGAGAGCACAGAAAAAGAGGAAAUCGACGAAACUGAAAAACAGACAACUAAAGAAUCAGCAGACGAGGAGGAAAUUCAAUUAAACGAAAGAGAAGCAACAUCUUUAGAAUUAUUUCUCACUAAUAAUCACAUUGACGAAGUGACAGAUGUCAUUAGAUACAAUACAGCCAUCAAUCUACACACCGAUGACAUAUUAAAUCUCAUUCAACACGUUAAAGAAGAAUCAAAAAUCAACAAUCAUAACAAACGCAAAGAGCUAAUUUCCCUAAUAAAUUUAAAUUUUACCAAGAACAAAAUUAUCGCCGACAUUUCCUGGCAUCCUGUUCUAAAUGAUGUUGUUGCAAUUUGUUACCUUCACGAAAAAGAAUCGAAACUAAAAAAUUCCAGUGUCAAUGAAGCGAGAAAUAAUUUCAAUGAUAGUGCUACUGAUUUUCAAUUAAAUACCAGUGAUAAUAAAGAGAUUGACACUGUGAAAGACGAUAAGCUCGAAGAAGAUAAUUUAAUGCAAGAUCAGAAAGAAAAUACAGAAACACAAAAUAAGAAUGAAGUCACCGACGAUGAUAAUGAAGAUAAUAUUGAUGAUCAUGACAAUUUCCUCGUAAACCAGGUAUUAAUUUGGUCCUGUUCAGAUCCACUCUAUCCAAAAAUGAUACUAGCAAGUCGGGAUACAAUUCGAGUAAUUUCAUUUUGUCCCUACAGACCGGAUAUCCUAGUUGGAGGCAGUUCGACCGGACAAAUUGUCAUUUGGGAUCUUCGCGAUUUACUAACAACAUUGAAAUUUAAUGAAAUUGUUUCUCAAGUUCCGAUAAUAAAACCAGUGGUUCUAUCGAAUCAGGAAACAUACGACUUUCCAAUAAAAGACAUACAAUGGUUACCCUCAUGGUAUGAAGUAAAAGUCGAUGGUAGUUUAAAGAAAUCCUUUACACAAAGUUUACAAUUUGCAACAGCUUCUGACGAUGGUAUUCUAUCAAUUUGGGACCUUCGAUGGCAAGUGAUUUCAAGACCAACUUCAAAAUCGAAAAAAACAAAUAUUGUCGAGUCAUUUGAUCCAAAUAAAUUGAAUGGCAUCCUACGACCAAUUUAUCAAAUUCUUCUUCAAGUUCCGAAAGAAUCUUGGACUUUCUCACCAACAAGUAUUUGUCUACCUUUUAUGAAGGAUGGAAAUUUAGGAACUAAGGAUUUUGAUGACAGAACCAAUGAAUUAUUAAAGAGAUUUUUGGUGGCAACUGCUGAAGGUGAAGUUAUUAAUUGCUCUUGGGUGGGACAAGAAUUCGAAGCAGAAUCAUCUUCUAUGGAAAAAUGCAAUUUUCUAAGUCGUUCUACGAUUCACGAUGGACCCGUGUUGGAAAUCUCUAGAUGUCCAUUUUUGGAGGACGUGAUACUAACAAUCGGAGGGAGAAUUUUUGCAAUUUGGAAAGACGACUACUUAGAUUCUCCUCUACUCUGGAGAAAGAGACACUGUUCAUACACUUCCUGCUGUUGGAGUAGUAGAGCAGGAAUUUUUCUCCUCGCCAGAAUCGAUGGUGAACUUGAAAUUUGGGAAAUAACGAGAAAAACACAAGAGCCAAUUUAUCUACAAUUCAUUUCAACUGGACCAAUAACAGGCCUCUAUUCACGUCUAUCGUCCAAAAUAAUUGGAAUCUGUGAUCGAAACGGAGGCUUUCGAAUUUUUGCCGAACCAGAAGAAUCAGAUGAAGAAUCCCUCGAAAGAAUUGAAUGGUUCGAGGAAUUCGUCUGGAGAGAAGUAAAAAGAAAAAGAAAUUUCUUUCUCUGGCAAUUAGAUUUUCUAAAAACAAAUCCCACAGCUUUAGAGAGGAAAAAGGCACGAGCUGCCGAUGAAGUCAGAAGAAGACAUCAAGAGGCGAGGGAAAAAUUCCAAAGAGAACAAGAAGAAUUAUCAAGACUUGAAGCUGAGAAAAAAGCUCGAAUGAUCAAGAAACCAAAAGCUGAAAUCUGGAAAUCUCGUGAUCAUGAAAGAAUGAAAAAAAUUCUCCUCAAGAAAAAAGGUUUCAAUCCUGUUAAAUUAGAAAACAGUAGAUUACCAUUGGUUCAACAGGAAAACGACAGAAAUUUAAAACUAAAAAAAGCUCAACAUGAAUUGUCCAAAAAGGAAAAAUAUUUCAAAAAUCUUUUGUCCAUGAAAUUACCAUGUGUUACCAGAAAAGAAAAAUCGGAUCUAAAAAAUACUCCUAUUACAAAUGACAUCGAAAAAGAAGAAAAAAAUUAUAAAGAAGAAUUUUAUAAAAUUCAAAACGAAGCUCUUCAAAAAUUACACGAAACUUCUUUUGUUCCAAAAUUUGAUUGGAACACUGCCAUGAGAGAAGGAAGGCGCAGAGAGUUGUUGGUGAAAAUAGAUUGAUUUACAAAAUUUUAUGAUACGAAACAA